CUCUAUCCCGCAGCCAUGCUUCUAAUGCCUGCAUAUCACCCCUAUUAGCUCUCUGCCCACUUCGCUCCCCGAGAGAAUCCGUAAUUUCCUGCAUCCCCGAGAACACCCUCUGAACACCUUCCGUCUCCCGAAAUCUCUCGCUAACCUUUUUCUGAUGACUGGGGAUAUCUCCCCACGAGUGUGUCUUAAUAAACUUCAUAUAGGCAUCGAUAUCCGCCGGCCCACCCUCCAGACACAGCACACCCGGUUUACCCGCCAACACAAAACCAGUAAGAGAAUAACCAGGUGCAUGGUUAACCAGAUCAUCCCUCUUUUCUCGAGUCGACAGAGACGGAAAAUAGAACCAGACUCUCACUAUCGGUUCAGAGUUACCCGCGACAGCCUCAGAGGUGGCAGUCUGUCUUGUUUCAAGGAAACGGAGAGCUUCGUCUCGAAUGUAUUCAAAUGCCUCGAGCACAUCAUCUUGAGGCAUUGCGGCGGACAGUCCCGCAACCUCGGCUUUGGACAUCCAGUCCGGUUGUCGAAGCGUAUAACUCGGUGAUGGUGGCUGUUCAAUCUCUGGGCCCUCGCCUUGCAGGGGAAUUGAGAUGUUGACUUGGAUUGUUUUCUCUCCUUCUACAAUGGGUAGAUGGACGGCGAGUAGUAAGCUUGAAGGUAUCCCAGAUGGUUCAAUUGACGGGUCCUCGCACCAGUCCCGGAGCUUGUCGACACAUUGGGCUGUGGAUGCGGGGAUUUCAACUUCCCCUGGUGAGGGGAACAUGGCUGUGAGGAGGUCUAUCAUGGACAAUUGUGAUUCCAUGAUGUCUGGUGGUAGAAGGGUUGGCUGUCUUUGUGCCAUUUUGAUUAUGAAGACCUUCCGAUACUGGCUUUUGAUAAUUUGUCUGCCGGAUAAAUGCAACGGAUUUUUCUAGCGCCAAGAGAGAACUCAUAUAAAGAGAAUUAAAAACCCGUUAAGUGUCACUUAAGUUGUAUGAACCAGGAGCUAAACUAGGUGUGCAAGAUCUUUAGUUAGCUUAGAGGAAAUCCCUG